GGUUCUGAGUACUAUUUCUGAAUAACAUCAAAAGCGUCUCACCAGUUGUAUCACAAUGAAGACUGCAAGUGAUUUGCGAGGGGUUCUUCUUGCAAUGGCUCUGAUCAUUGGGUCAAUCAAUGUAAUUGAUUCGAACGACUCAGAAAGUAUCAGAUCUGUGCAUGCAUCCAUUACGGAGAAAGUCUGCGAGAAGAUUUCAGAUUUGUCAAAAUGUGAAAAAAUUGCAGUAGGUGAACAUCAAGAAUUCAUUGCUUUGAAAACGGACAGACAAGAUUUUACGCACGGAAAAACUGUCAAAGACUGGUGCUUUCAGUGUGACCCACGAGGACUGAUGGUCCUGUACUGCCCAGUGGUCAGUCUGGGAAACGACGAAUGCGACGAAGCAGCUCUCUGGGUGGAAGGAAAAUCGCGUUAUUGUGGCACAGAAGAAGUUGUGGAGAUAGAUAAGAAUUGCAUCUCAGCAGUGCUGGAGGUGAAUAACAGCUAUGUGGCGACUGCGAUGCAUUCGCCGUAUCUCCAUUGCACCGCUACUUGCAUCAAAUCAAUGGCGUACAUGCAUACUGCUUUGCAUGUACCAGACGAGGGACUAAAAAAUAGUAUAAAUUCAAAUUCGACGAGUACAUCCGAAGAAGAAGACGAAGAAGAAGCCGACUUUGAAAAUUUGGAAGACAACGAGGUCACUACGUCUAUGGGCCCACUGGACGAGAUGUCAAAAGAGCAAACUACGGAGCCCGUGCUGCUGACAAAAGGUGAAAUAAGGGACUCCGACCCACCCCAGCAGACCUCAGCAGAGAUGAAUGGUUAUUUGACCUCACAAGAAGGCCCGCAUGUCGAGGAGACUUCGCUGAUAACUACCACAGAACCAGCCUCUGAUUCUGCUGAAGACAAUGAUUUAGACCUCGCAACAACAACGACAGCCUCAAGGAAUGAUCCCUGGCCCCAGGUUACUGAGGGUGACCCAACAACUUCCAACACCCACGCGUCAACGAUGGCCAACGACAGGGAAAAUCCCUCGAGUUUUGACGAAGAAAGUCACGAGCAGAGCCGAGAAUCAACGAUCGAAAUUGAUAAUCGAAAUCACGAUUCGGAGAGUCAGUCAUCCGCAAGCACAGCUACUGCUAGAGCUGAAUAUAUUGGAGAAUCCAUCGACAUUUUGGCGAGCGAAAAGCAGGAGGGAUUUGCGGAAAAGGAAGAUAACAGGAUUUCUAACACGGUUGACCCAUGUGAAGAUACAUCAUUUUCUGAGAACCAUUUGCAACAGACCAUUGCAAAAGUUUCCGGUGGUUCUGGAUCUCCAGAAACGGAAACUUCAUUCCUUGACUUCUCACGUUCGGAAAAGGAAUCUUUGGAUUUAACAACUGAUCAACCAACGGAUCGCAGCUUUCAACCCAUCAGUGACCUGGAAGUGGAAGAAAUCCGAACAACUGACUUUAAACCCGGGGGAAAUUUUUUCAAACCCCCACCAAGAAUUGGGUCUGCAUCACUUUUGAAAAAUACUGGACAGAAUUCUAAAUCCUCAACUGAACCAAAAUCGACCACGAGAAGACCCGCAGGGGACAAUGCCAACAAAAUUCGUGACUCGUCAUGGGAAAUUCCGAAAAAUUUAAUUAAACAAAUCUUGGAGAAAUUAAUCAGAACUUCGAUUGACUCAAAGCUUCACACGGAAACUAAAACUUCUGAACAAACAAGGCAGACAGAAGAAAAAGAAAGCACCAACUUUGGAAGAAGAACUACUGAUCGUCUCAGACUUCUUGAAGACAAGGAUUCUUCAUCCAAUGAAGAUAACGAAAGCGAGAAAACGACAGAGGCUUCAUGGACGAAUAGUCACACUCAUCGUGAACACACGACUACAAUUCUGAGAAAAGAAUUAUGGCAAGAUAUUGAACAAGAGCCUUCGAUAACCAUCAGUCGAGAUUCCGGGUCAGCAGAGUAUAAAAACGCGCCCAGUCACAUGGAUAAUAAAAUCUCCGGACGAGCUUUCAAUGAUUUCGUGGCAGCUGAUGAUCAGUCAGGAGAAAAAAGCACUUUCCAGCCAGAGGAAAUCACAACUAUUUUCGAAACACACUCUGCGACAGAAUCCCCGGUGACACCUGUGGAAAAUUUGCCUCGCGCCGGAUCAAUCGAAGAAGAAGACGACGGGAGUAUCUUUUCUUGGCCAAAGGAUUCAAAGAAAAGCCCUCGGAAAUUCGAAGAAAAAUCGGACUCACUUCCAACCACAGUUGAUACGGAACUUCCAGAAAAUUCUGAACCCACAAUUUUUUUCAGCAGUUUCAAAAAUGCUGAUGCCACAAACAAUCCCUCGGAAAUCACCGACGAAACGCCAGUCUUCACAUCUUCCUUCGAACUUGAUGACCCCACCACAUCUGCAUUAUUUGAUGACGAAUUCAACUUGUCUUCUUCUAAAAAGAAAAGCAGAGAUUUUGAAUCUACGACGCUUUCCCCCGAUGUCAUUGGAGUCCAGGACGAAAAAUUGAAGGGACUUCAUGCAACCCGGACAACGAAACCCGGAGAGAUUCCCUCAAUGACCUCAGAUCAAAUCCUGAAAGAGACAGCCAUAACUUCACAUGGAAUGGCAUCUAGUGCCCAGAAGAACACAGAUUCCUUGAAAACCGCUGAUCAAAAAUCAAACAUUGAUCUGAAUAAAAAAGUUAACUCGUCGGGAGUUUCUUCCAAAGCACGCGACAGAACGACAGAGGUUCCAAUUAUUCCGAGUUCAGGUGAGAAACGUGAUGAGGGAUUUAUUAAUAAGGCCCUGAUCAGAGCAAAUGGUGUGGAAUCAACAGAUAACUGGGGACAGCCUGGAGAAGAAUCUGCUGGUGGUGGUGCUGAUGAGCUGAGCGGAUUGGAGGAAUGCGGCUUGACACUGCGAACAUUACCGUCGACGAUAAUUUAUCCGUUUGUCGUCAGGUUUCAAAGCCCCCUCGGUUUUCCUUGCACCGGGGCUUUGAUCCGAAAAGGGGAGAUCAUCACAACUCACAAAUGUUUCUCCAGGACGUCUCAUCGCUCAAGUAUCGAGAAUGACGGCGAUGACAAUGGCGUCAUGCUGUACUUGAGUUUCCCGAGGAACCCGUUGAACCCAGUUGCUUUGCCAGCGAGAAAUAUCGCCCGAAACGAGGGCAACCAACUCGUCACCAUCCGGGUCGAGAUCACGCCAUCCACAGUGGGGCACGAUGACUUGCCUGUAUGCAUGCCCAACAACCACAGGAUGCUUGAGGGCACAGACUACAAGGUCAUCGCAUUGAGUCAAUCAGGAGGCAUGAUGGCCGUCGAUGGUAUCACGAGAUGGCGACGCAACAUCGGCUCGUUUCAGUUCACCACAGAGCCCGAAUUUUUGAUACAACCCAGAGAAGAAACCGGAUGCGGGACUAUCACGGAAGGUUCACCAAUAGUCGAAGAAGGAUCUGAUGGAAGAAUGACUCUGAUCGGGAUCACGAAGGAAAGUUUCCACGGCUGUUUCUAUCCUUCCAUGGCUCGCACAUCUGUGGCAUUCGAACCCACGCUGGACGAUCUCCGACGAUGUCUGCCGGACGAAGAUUAUCGAGGAGAGAAUUCCCUCAGUGGCUCAGAAAGUGGAAAUAAUUUCUCAUGAUUUUUGAGACAUCCUCUUACGAUUCGUGCCAUGGGGCUGCUAUACAGAGAAUUUAAAUGCACCGAGUUUCGGAUAACGGACGGAAUAUUGAAAUGCAAUGCUUGGAUGACUUCAUA